AAAUUUCGUUUUAAAAUGUUUGAGCCUUAUGUGAAAAUCAAGAAAAAGCGUAAUGUGCAUGAAAUUUAUCAAAAAGAGAGCGCUGCUGUCGAUGUUGCUGCUGCUGUCGCCGUGGACAUUGUCGGCGUGAAUUUGGAGCAGCAGUCGACGUCGCAGCAACAGCAACAACAACAACAACAAGAGGCUGCUAAUUGUUGCUGUCAAAGUGGCUCGCAAGAUGUUGGCAAUGCGAAUGGGAAUGCGAAUGCGAAUGCAUUGAGCGUAUUGGUUGAAACGCCGCCAGCAACGCCACAAGCAACAGCUAGCAGCAGCAGCAGCAACAAUUGCAGUCGCCUGCAGCAAUUGAUAUCAACGCCUCCAGUAUUAUUGCGCAGAUCGUCGCUGUCGGCAGCGGCGUCAGCGUUGACGCCAGCGUCGGCGACUACGUCCACGUUGUCGCAACACCCACACGCUGUUGCCGUGAGUACGCCACCGCCAACGCCACCACAGCAGCAGCAGCAGCAGCAACAAUCAGCGGCAGCGCCUUCAGUUUUGCAACAGCAUUUGGGUCACCUGAAUUACGAAAGUGGAGCAGCUGCUGCUGCAGCUAGAAGUAGCACAGCAACACUGGCGCAACAUUUGGCAACACCCAGCAGCAUAUUGCAGGCGGCUUUCAACAACAACAACAACAGCAGCAACACCAACAACCACCACCACCACCACCAGCACCAAAGCAACUUGCAAAAUCUUUUAACGCGCGCACAAAGUUCCUCCACCGCCACCACAACCACCUCCUCGGCUGCCUCCAGCCACAAUAACUCGAACAACUGCAGCAGCGCCUGUGCUGGCAACAGACACUACAACGGCGGCAACAGCAGCAGCAACAACAGCAACAGUAUCAUUGCCAGUCGGCUCUCAACUCCAUCCAGCUCCAGUUCCAGUUCGGCAGCAGCAGCCAGCUCCUCUUCGCCCCACCAGCCCCACCAUCAUCAUCUGCAUAGCCAACAUUCCGCUCUAACCAAUUCCAUAACAAAUCGCAUUAAUCAAUCGAUACGGCGGCAUCUCAAUCAGCAGCAACAUCACCAUCACCAACAACAACAGCAGCAGCAGCAGCAGCAACAUCACAAUAGCCACAGCGCCUCAACAUCCUCAAUUGCUUCAACAAGUUCCAGUUCGAGCGCCUCUUCCACUGCGACCUCUUCACACUAUCAGCAGCAACUCCAGCAGCAAAAUGUUAAUUGCGCUUAUCCUGCACAGCAGCAACAUCAGCACAAUAGCAGCAGCAGCAGCCAUCAUCACAGCAGCAACAAUCAUCAUCAGCAACAACAACAACCACAACAAUCUCCACUGUGCCUAGUAUUAUUAGUUAAAUGCCCCAAUUCUAAGGAGUUUUGUAACGCAGCCGUAAAUUUCUGUGAUAAAAGAUUGCCGGUAAACGAAUGUCAGGCAAUCCAAACAGCUAGAGUCUCCUCGAACCUGCACGCAUCCAGUAGCACAAUGGCGGUCAGUCGUGUACCCUCGCCGCCUUUGCCGGAAGUUAAUACACCAGUUGCUGAGAACUGGUGUUACACGCAGGUCAAAGUGGUUAAAUUUAGUUACAUGUGGACCAUAAAUAACUUUAGUUUUUGUCGGGAAGAAAUGGGCGAAGUACUCAAGUCUUCCACAUUCUCAGCUGGUGCUAACGACAAACUGAAAUGGUGUUUGCGAGUUAAUCCCAAGGGCCUUGACGAGGAAAGCAAGGAUUACUUAUCAUUAUAUUUACUAUUAGUAUCGUGUAAUAAAUCGGAAGUUAGAGCCAAAUUCAAAUUUUCUAUAUUGAAUGCAAAACGUGAGGAAACCAAAGCCAUGGAAUCCCAGCGUGCUUAUCGUUUCGUGCAAGGCAAAGAUUGGGGCUUUAAGAAGUUUAUACGCCGUGAUUUUCUAUUGGACGAGGCCAAUGGCCUCCUGCCCGAGGAUAAGUUAACCAUCUUCUGUGAGGUUAGCGUCGUGGCGGACAGUGUGAAUAUCUCCGGACAAUCCAAUAUUGUGCAGUUUAAAGUGCCCGAGUGCAAACUGUCUGACGAUCUCGGCAAUCUCUUUGACAACGAGAAAUUCAGCGAUGUAACGCUCUCCGUAGGUGGCCGAGAAUUUCAAGCGCACAAGGCCAUAUUAGCAGCACGCAGUGAUGUUUUUGCGGCCAUGUUUGAGCACGAAAUGGAGGAGCGUAAACUGAAUCGUGUCGCCAUAACCGAUGUGGAUCAUGAGGUUCUCAAAGAAAUGCUACGAUUCAUAUAUACGGGCAAGGCGUCCAAUUUGGAAAAAAUGGCUGAUGAUCUCUUAGCGGCUGCUGAUAAGUAUGCACUCGAAAAGCUGAAAGUAAUGUGUGAAGAGGCGCUGUGCGUCAAUCUCUCUGUUGAAACGGCAGCUGAAACGUUAAUAUUAGCUGAUCUCCAUAGUGCGGAUCAAUUGAAAGCACAAACGAUAGAUUUUAUUAAUACUCAUGCCACCGAUGUAAUGGAAACCUCUGGCUGGCAAAAUAUGAUCACAACGCAUUCACAUUUGAUAGCGGAGGCAUUUCGUGCCCUCGCAACACAACAAAUCCCACCAAUUGGACCACCAAGGAAACGCGUGAAAAUGAGCUGAAACCACAAUUUCAGAAUACCAGCACCAACAACAAUAAUAACAACAACAACAGCAACAACAACAGUUUCAAUAACAGCAACAAAAACAAUAAAAAUCUAUAACUAUUAUUUUAACUAUUGUCAAACAAAUUGUACUUGGCGUCACUCGAGCAAUAUUUUACAAAAUUUAACAACAAUUGAUAACAAGAAAAUCCACAGCAUCCAUGCAAAAUCACCAUUUAUUGUUUUGAAAUCGUGUAAUUUAAUUUUUAAA